AUGGCUGCAUUGGCAGGAAAAGGUUGGAAUUAUGUUGCAGGGGUACCGGAAACUGAAGAACAACAAAAAUACCGCUUCCAAGUCGAACUUGAGUUUGUGCAGUGUCUGGGAAACCCAAAUUACUUGAACUUUCUAGCUCAAAGAGGCUACUUUAAGGACAGCACCUUCAUAAACUAUUUAAAGUACUUACUGUACUGGAAAGAAGCCGAGUAUGCGAAGUUCCUGAAGUACCCCAUGUGUUUGUAUUUCUUGGACCUCCUUCAGUAUGAGCAUUUUCGAAGAGAACUAGUGAAUGCCCAAUGUUCAAAAUUCAUAGAUGAUCAGCAAAUUUUGCUCUGGCAGCACUAUACAAGGCGGCGUAAUAGGCUACUCAAUACUCCUGCAGUGAAUGGAAGUAUGGAUCCAAAUGUCAAUAACCAAAUGAGCCAAAGUAAUGGACAUAUGAACUCAAAAAUCACAUAA